UUUGAACAGACUGAUAUAUUUAUAAGUGAGUAGUAGGUAUUCGCGUAGAACCGAAUGAGGAUAAGCCUAAUUUCAAAUACACAUCAAUGUUCUGAUUGUGAAAAUUAUGUUUGUGGUGUAUAUCAUUGCAGCAAUACCUUUGCUACUCUAUCUGUUUUCAAAAUGGCGAUACACAUAUUGGAGUCGAAGAGGUAUCGAUAAUCCUGAGCCAGAUCUAUUUUACGGAAACUUCAAGAAGAACAAUAAAGAAGAUACAUUCUUUGGUUAUCUACUUAAAGAGUGCUACGAUAAGUAUAAGGCACAAGGUAAAAGACAUUUCGGAAUAUUCGCAUUCUUGACACCGGUGUAUAUCCCAAUCGAUUUGGAGUCGAUCAAGAAUAUCCUUCAGAAUGAUGCCGACCACUUCAAGAACCAUGGGACGUAUUUCAAUGAGGAUGCAGAUCCAUUGAGAGCGCAUCUUUUCAAUUUGGAGAAUGACAGGUGGAAAAACCUCAGAGCUAAAUUGUCUCCCACUUUCACAUCAGGGCAAAUAAAGAUGAUGUUCCAUACCAUGGUCGACUGCACCAAAGAACUGAAAAUAAUCCUCGAUGACCAAGCCACUUCACGAAAUCCCAUUGAUAUAAAAGACGUCUUAGCUAGAUUGACAACCGAUACCAUUGGUUCUGUAGCAUUUGGUGUUAAUUGUAAUAGUCUGAAGAAUCCAGAUUCCGAAUUCAGGCAAUAUGGAAAAAUGAUAUUUGAAGGAACUCCAAGUACAAAAUUCGCCAGGAUUGUAGCGAAUUUCAUACCAAAAUGGUUAUUCACUAAAGCUGGAUUCAAGAUUAUGGAUAAAGAUGUCGAAGAUUUCUUUUAUAACUUGGUAAAAGACACCACUAGCUAUCGUGAGCAGAACAAUAUAUUCAGAAAAGAUUUUCUGCAUUUGCUCAUCCAACUCAAAAAUUUUGGCAAAAUUAGAGAAGACGGUAUUCUCACCAACAAAGAAACUACUCAGUCUAUAAUGACAUUUGAUGAAAUGGCAGCACAGUGUUAUGUAUUUUUCAUUGCUGGUUUCGAAACUUCGGCUUCUACGAUGACUUUCGCUUUAUUAGAACUUGCUCUGAAUGAAGAUAUUCAGGAUAGAUUGAGACAGAACAUUAAUAAUAUUCUGAAAAAGCAUAAUAACAAUUUAACGUACGAAGCUGUUAUGGAGAUGGAUUAUUUGGAGAAAGUUAUACAAGAAACACUUCGGAAGCAUCCGCCUGGUACCGUAUUGCCCCGAAUUUGUAACAAAGCAUAUAAUGCACCAAACUCAGAUUUGGUCAUUCAAGAAGGAACCAGAGUCUUCAUUCCUGCAUAUGCUAUUCACAGAGAUCCAGAAUAUUUUCCUGACCCUAAGAAGUUUGAUCCUGAAAGGUUCAGUGAUGGAAAUAAACAAUGGCCUCCGUUUGCCUUCAUGCCAUUCGGACUGGGACCUAGAACAUGUAUAGGAUCCCGAUUUGGAAAAAUGCAAGCUAAAGUUGGAUUAUUGUCAAUUAUCAAUAACUUUAGAGUGACCUUGAACGAAAGGACCAAGCUUCCAAUAACUUAUAGUUCUGCACUGAUUCCCACUGUCAAAGGAGGAGUCUGGCUGAAUAUUGAACAAAUUUAAGUCAACCAACUUGUUUUGGAUUGAAUUCAUUGUUAUAAUCAUUCAAACACAACGAACCUAUAUCAUCAAUGUUCAAACUGUUCUUAUAUAUUAUGUACUUAUGUUAUACCUAUAGAGUCUUGUAUUCAUAAAAAUCGAUCAGAAAUGAAUUUGUCGUUAGUAUGAUAUAUACCUACCUAAUCCGUGGAAAUAUUCUGUUUGAGAAGCUUUUCUUGAGCCUGAUUUCUUGUUUGUCAGAGCUAUCAUUAGGAUUUGGAUUCCAUCCUAUUGAUUGAAUUCCUUGUUCGAGUUCAUCACCUGAACAAGCUACUGAGUGAAUGGAAAAAUGUGCUGUUGCGAAUUUUGUGGGGAUAUAAUAUA